UUUAUAAUAUUUCAGUUUUCUGAAAAAAAAAUUCAAAAUCUUCAGGUUAGAAUAUAGAAAUUAAGGGUAUAUAUAUCUUUGCUAUUCUUGUAUACAGUUUGAUUAUGCAGGACAUUUUAGCUAGCUAGCACUUGCGUGGACUUGCUUUUGAAAGGGGUAUUCCAUUUUGAUUGCUGCUAGGCUUUAAUUUGGAGUUAGAAGCAUAGCAUAAGUUCAGGAGAGAUAUUUAAUUAAGAUGUCAGGUCGUUUCUGCUUUGGGAUCAUGUAUCUUCCAAAGAGCUGCACAUCAUGUGAAGUUGUUCUCUGCCUUUUGUUAUGCUGUUAUUUCCUGUUAGUUGCUGCUCAGACUCAGACUGAUCCCACCGAAGUUGACGCAUUGAGAACCAUAAAGGAAGGUUUGAUUGAUAUCAAUGGAAAUUUGAGCAGCUGGAAUCAUGGAGACCCAUGUACAUCGAACUGGGCAGGGGUUUGGUGCUCCAAUACAACAUUAUCUGAUGGCUAUCUACAUGUUCAAAAAUUGCAACUAUCGAAUAUGAAUUUAUCCGGAACUUUGGCACCAGAUAUUGGUAGCUUAUCUCGUCUCGAAAUAUUGAGCUUUAUGUGGAACAAUGUAAGUGGGAGUAUACCCAAGGAAAUUGGCAAUAUCAAAACUUUAAAACUCUUGCUCUUGAAUGGAAACAAAUUGACAGGUCAGUUGCCAGAAGAGCUUGGAUAUCUUCCAGCCCUGGACCGAAUACAAAUCGAUCAAAAUAAUAUCACAGGAUCUAUACCUUUAUCAUUUGCAAACUUGACCAACUCACAACACUUUCACAUGAAUAACAAUUCACUUAGUGGGCAAAUCCCACCACAACUUUCUCGCUUAGGAAGCCUUCUUCACCUUCUUCUUGACAAUAACAAUUUUACAGGAUAUCUCCCCUCUGAGCUCUCUGAGAUGCCGAGCUUAAAAAUACUCCAACUUGAUAACAAUAACUUUGGUGGAAAUGGAAUUCCAGAUUCUUAUGGGAACAUGUCAAAAUUAUUAAAACUGAGCCUUAGAAAAUGCAAUUUGAAAGGACCAAUUCCUAAUUUAAGCAGGAUACCACACCUUGGCUAUCUCGACCUCAGUUUCAAUGAAUUGAAUGAAUCAAUUCCUACCGAUAAGCUUUCUGAAAAUAUCACAACAAUAGAUUUAUCAAACAACAAGCUUACUGGAAAGAUUCCAUCAAACUUUUCUAGUCUUCCUCUUCUUCAAAAGCUGUCGAUUGCAAAUAAUUCAUUGAGCGGCAAUGUUCCUUCAAACAUUUGGCAAAACAAGACUUUAAAUGGAACAGAAGUACUUCACUUGGACAUGGAAAAUAAUCAAUUUACAAGCAUAUCAAGUACAAAUCUUCCUCCAAAUGUCACACUCUUGCUUAAGGGAAAUCCUUUAUGCUCAAACAACAACACCUUAGUUGAGUUUUGUGGAUCUGGAAAUGACAAUAACAUUAAUGGUAACUUCAAUGUUGUCUGUCCCAGCCAACCAUGUCCUCCUCCUUAUGAAUACAAUGCAGAGUGUGUUUGUGCAGUCCCAUUGCUUGUUGAAUAUCGAUUGAAAAGUCCAGGGUUUUCAGAUUUUCGUACAUAUGUGGAACCAUUCAAGAGCUUAUUGACAGAUAGUCUUAAUAUACAAAAUGACCAGUUGUACAUCCAUAGUUUCACAUGGGAAAAAGGGCCUCGAUUGAGAAUACACUUGAAGCUCUUUCCUGCAAAUGAUGCUGGUAAUGGAAGCUCUUAUCUUUUUAAUACAAGUGAGGUCAUUCGGAUCAGAAACAUGUUCAGAGAAUGGAGAAUGCAUGAGAGUGACCUUUUUGGGCCUUAUGAACUUCUAGAGUUCAUCCUCUUGGAUCCUUACAAUGAUGUGACUACCACAUCAUCAAGUUCUGGUAUAAGCAAAGGUGCACUAGCUGGAAUAGUCUUGGGUGCAAUUGCUUGUUCAGUUAUAGUAUCCUCAAUUGUUACCAUUCUGAUAUUAAGAAUACGCUUGAAAGACAAUAACACAUUUUCCAGAAGGCGUAAUGCAUCAAGGAUUUCAAUACAAAUUAAUGGUGUAAGAUCAUUCACUUAUAAAGAGAUGGCCUUGGCUACCAACACUUUCAGCAAAACUAAUGAAAUUGGAGAAGGAGGAUAUGGGAAAGUUUAUAAAGGUGUUCUUCAUGAUGGAAUUGUGGUUGCCAUAAAACGAGCACAAGAAGGUUCAUUACAAGGUGAAAGGGAGUUCCUUACGGAAAUAAAAAUCCUAUCAAGGCUACAUCAUCGGAACCUUGUGUCCUUGAUUGGAUACUGUGAUGAAAAUGGUGAACAGAUGCUAGUAUAUGAAUUUAUGCCAAAUGGAACUUUAAGGGAUCACCUUUCUGCUUAUUCAAAAGAACCUCUUAGUUUUGCACUGAGAUUGAAGAUUGCUUUAGGGUCAGCUAAAGGUCUUGUUUAUCUACACACAGAAGCUGAUCCUCCAAUAUUCCACAGAGAUGUGAAGGCCACCAAUAUAUUAUUGAAUUCUAAAUUCAUAGCUAAAGUUGCUGAUUUUGGACUUUCAAGACUUGCCCCAGUUCCAGAUAUUGAAGGCAAUUUGCCUAGCCAUGUAUCUACAGUGGUAAAAGGGACCCCGGGCUACCUUGAUCCAGAGUACUUCUUAACUCAUAAGUUGACCGAUAAGAGUGAUGUUUAUAGUCUUGGUGUUGUAUUUUUGGAACUUAUGACUGGGAGGCAACCAAUCAUCCAUGGUGAAAAUAUUAUUAGACAGGUUAACAUGGCACACCAAUCUGGUCGAAUAUUUGCAGUCAUUGAUGAACGUAUGGGAUCAUAUCCUAUUGAGUAUGUGGAGAAGUUUUUUAUGUUGGCCUUAAAUUGUUGCAAAGAUGCCCCAAAUGAUCGACCUAACAUGGUAGAAGUGGUUAGAGAGCUCGAAAAAAUUUGGUGUAUGAUGCCUGAGUCUAAUGGGAAGGAAGUUGAAUACCCUACAAGUGAUUUCGAAACAAUAUGCAGUUCACAACCUUCAUCUUCUGUAAAGUACUCUUCUUUCAUUUCAGAUGUAUCAGGUAGUGACCUUGUUAGCGGAGCUAUACCAAUCAACAAACCAAGAUAAAAGUUGAAGAUUAGACUUAGCAGACAUAUUUGAUCUAAUAUGAGAAUGCUAGUGCCUGCAGUUAAAUUGAAUAAUGAAUUAGUAUUGGUAAUUUUCAUUUGUUUUUAUGAUUGAUUCUUUUUAUACUACCUGUUGUAGUUAAAUGGCAGAGCAUUGACUUAUAAUACAUCGAUUUUGUACAUCAUCGCAAUGUAGAUUUCUUUUUCAUUUCUUUCUGAGAAGAUUAAGUUUUCUUAGCUGGUUUGACUUCAUUGUGAAUGCUACUUUCUAGCAGGGAAUCUUGAGAAUUCUCUGAUUCAUUAGUUCCAUGCAUGAUGGCAUGUUUUGGCUUC